AUGGGGAGAUGGCUACUGAAACUUCUCUUUUUCACCUUCCUACUUCUCCCUGCUUCACCAUUUGUUAACAACAUAGCUGCUGGAGGCAUGUCCAAGUUUCUAAAAUCAGUCGGUGAAGCAUUUGGAGCAAUGUUUGACUGUUCCUACACCUGCCCUAACGGGGGCUACCCUAUUCCUAUCCCUGGCUACGUGCCAAAACCAAACGGUUGCGGAACUGCCGCUACAAUGUUCACUAAAGAACUAGCCCGGUUUCUACCGUCAGUCCACGAGUGCUGUUCCCAUCACGAUACUUGUUAUGGCACCUGCAAGGAAGAACGGAACAGCUGUGAUAAGAAAUUCCGGAAAUGUUUGAAGGAGAUCUGUGUGGUAGCUAAGCAGAUGAUAAAAAUGGCGGGAAGUAAGUUCAAUGCGGAGGAGAUUUGUCAGAGUGCUGUAAAUGGUUUGUAUGCUGUAGUGGCCGGUGCUGGCUGUAAUUCUUAUAGAAACUCACAGAAGGAAGCUUGUCUGUGUGUUGGGGGAGCCCCAGAGUUGUAG